AUGAUUGCUCUCGUCUUACUGGUUUUCGGAAUCGGAGGCGACUCAUUGCUGCAGUGGAUUUGGGAUUUCAUGUAUAAGGAACGUCAUGUUCUCCUCACGUCACCCCAGUGGAGUGUGUGCGCAGCUUUCAGCACUCAUCUCAUCUUCUCUGCUCCCUUCAUGCUUCUGGAUGUGUUCAGUACACACGUGGUGUGGAUUCAUAAGUACAGGAUACGCAGUGAAGCCGUUGAUUUAUAUCAGUGGUUUCGAUGUGGUUCUCGAAUUUUAUGGAAAUAUAUGGUUGGCGUUUUACCGUUAACCGCGUUGUUUCUGUCGGUACGGCGCACGCAUUUCCCGGAGAGAGCACCGUCCUCAUUUCAUGCAUUCAGGGAAUGUGUCUCAUGCAUGCUCAUCUUCGAUACGCUGUUCUUCAUGUUUCAUUAUACCAUUCACAAAAUUCCCUGGCUGUACCACAACAUCCACCGCAUUCACCAUCUUAACAGGGACACUUUUGCAUUGGCAGCUCAAGACUCCAGUAUUUCUGAACUGCUGUCUCUACAAACCCUUGCAUUUAUCAGUGCCAUACUGGUGGGCUGCCACCCUGUUAGCGAAAUCCUUUUCCAUCUGGUUAACACCUGGAUGGCAGUGGAGGACCACUGUGGAUAUGACUUUCCUUGGGCACUGCACCGGUUGCUGCCAUGCUUUGGUGGGGCUCCACACCACCUGGCCCACCAUCAGCACUUUAAAGGGAACUUCGCCCCCUACUUCAGACACUGGGAUUACAUCUUUGGGACCUCAUUGCCCAUCCCAGUAAAUGAAGGAGAAAAUUGA